GUUUCUCACUAUUGAUUGUCGAUCUCUUGCCUGUUGAACGGUGAACGCGAAUUUUGGUCCGGUACGGAUUUUAAACAUCGUCCGGCGGAGUUUUCAUCAGGCGAAUUUGUCGACCUUAUAGCGGACGUACACAAAAACUACAGUUCAAGUUGGAAGUGAUUGAUUGGAUUUAUCGACUGUUUUUCAAAAAUAAUUUUUUUUUGGUGCGAAUGAUUAUUAUAUCAAGAACUUUGUUAUUUUAUACCAGGGCCAGAAAUAGACACAAUUACAAGUUUGACUAUAAUGGCCCUCGAUGUGCCUGUUGCCUUUAAAGACGUCACAACUCUGCCUAGUGAUGCGGUCACCUGUGAUCAAACUGCACGAGUUGGAGAGACCCCUCCAAAGUGCGAAAACAAAGAAAAUACGGAAAUCUCGGACGUAUUUUGCUUUAGGAGCAAAAUCGGACCAGUAGGGGGCGAAAGGAAGAAGACAAAAUUCACCUUCAAACAAAAACUUACGUUGAUUUUGCUAGCUGCUGCAGAUUUUAUCUGUUUUUGCUCCAUGUCGAUUAUGGCUCCAUUUUACCCCGUUGAAGUAGCCCAGAAAGGGUUCAGCGAAUCCAUGGCGGGGUUCGUAUUUGGAUUUUACGCUCUCGUCGUGUUUCUAUCUUCCCCGUUGUUUGGAAAAACGUUGCCAAAAUCCGGUGCAAAGUUCUUAUUUAUAUUUGGACUGUUUAUUUCGGGGAUAUCGAAUGGACUUUUUGGAUUAUUAGAUCGAAUAGCCAACAACCAGAUCUUUGUCGUCGCCUCAUUUCUGAUUAGAGGUUUUGAAGCUUUAGGGGCCAGCGCCUACGCCACUGCUGGCUAUGUCAUUAUAGUUGACAUAUUUCCUGAUAAUGCAGGGGCCGUGAGAGGUCUUCUGGAAACUUUUGUUGGCCUUGGGUUAAGUGCAGGACCCGGAAUCGGAGGAGUGUUGUAUGCGAUUGGAGGUUUUGGAAUGCCAUUCUACGUUGUUGGAAUCGUUACAAUAAUAAUUGCGCUGACUAAUAUGUAUCUACUUCCCACACCUGAAAAGCACGAAGUGGAAAAGUGUGGGUCGCUGCUCGAUCUUCUGAAACUUCCAGCAGUACUAGUAACGUCCAUAGUACUGAUAGUAAAUUCUAUAACGUCUUCGUUUUUGGAACCGACUUUGGAGCCGCAUUUAAGAAAGUUUAAUUUGUCCCCAAGUCAGAUUGGAUUGUUCUUCUUAAUAUUAUCAGCGACUUACGGCGUUUGUAGUCCGAUAUGGGGAUGGUUGACGGACAGAAUUGAUAACUACUCUUGGCUGAUGACAACGGGCCUAUUCUGCAAUUCAGUGGUGCUUCUCUUUUUGGGACCAUCACCUUUGUUUCCGUUUUUAGAGGACUCAAUAGCGCUAAACAUCGUGACAUUGGCGAUACUAGGAAUUUUCAUCGCUAUGACACUGAUGCCGACUUACCAGUUUCUAUUGGAUAGCUCUUUAGAAAAUGGAUUCUCGGACUGCAUAGGAACCCACAGCGUAAUAGCAGGAUUGUGGUCGUCAAUUUACUCAUUGGGUGAAUUUAUAGGACCAGUUUUGGGUGGAACCUUGCUGGAAAACUUCAAUUUUCCGAUAACUUCAACGACUAUGUCACUUUUAAACUUUCUAGCUGCAAUUGCUGGCACAGUUUAUUUUAAAUGUAGGGCUAGGAAAUGUCUCAACACUCCCAAGAAGGAGGAGGUUCACAACGCGACGACAUUUUUUAUGAACGUUGGUGAAUUGAAUUCGAGCCAUUUUGACACAAGACCUAUUAGCGUAGAUCUGGAGAAGAGAAAUGUGGACUUGGCACAAGUUGGAAGUAAAAAAACUUAUUUUUAGAAAAAAUCCUACUUUUGUGGUUAGUACUCUACGUAUGUAUAGGGAAAACCAGUGCCAAAACGUAUUCCUAAGUAUUUAAUUUUCUAUGGUGGUUCACGUUAAGUAUCUGUUAAGAAGUUUUGGACAUGUAUGACAGCUUUAUAGUCUAUUUUCUAGAAGAAUUUUACAAAGCUCCAAAUUGCUACUUUAAACUGAGAAUUUUUGAAAAAAUGUUUCUUAACAAUGUGUUAAUUCGCCAGAAUUUUUAGUAAAACACGCAACAUGAACCACGCUGUAUAACUAAUGGUGUAAUUAAAUAAACAAAAGGAAACUAUGCCCACAAACAUAAUUGCUAUUCAAACGUAAUGUUCACUUUUUUGGGCAGGCAUUAAUUUUUUACAUUGUGAUAUUAACUGUAGAUUUAAUUGGUAAAAUGUCCAACAUUGUUUCAAAUAUAUA